AUGAUAGGUCAAUUGAAAGAAAAAACGAACAAAGUAGAAAUAUAAUAAAUUUAAAAAAGAAAUCCCCUUUAUUAAGAUUUUUUGGAUUUCGAUAUAACUAUUAAUUAAUUCAAGAUUGAAUAAGAAAUAGGAAAAGGCUCUUUUGCAAUAGUUAAAUUAGCAACCAAUAAAAAUUCUUUUAUUUAAUAUGCUUUGAAAAUUUACCCAAGAUUUGUACUAUUAGAUUCUUAAAAAUUGAAAAACGUAAAAAGAGAAAUCACAGUUUUAAAAAAAAUGGAACAUAAUUCUAUAAUGAAACUUUAUUAUGCAAUAUAAGAUAAUUAAAAUGUAUUUUUUUUAUAAAUUAUUUUGAUAAUGGAAUAUAUUGGGAAAAUAAGUCUUAAUUAAUAUUUAAAAAUAUAACCAAGAAAAAGAUUAUAAGAAGAUAAUGCAAAGAAAAUAUUCAAAUAAAUAGUGGAAGGAAUUAAUUAUUGCCAUGAAAAAAAUAUUAUUCAUAGAGAUAUUAAAUUAGAAAACAUCAUGCUUGAUAAUAUGAAUAAUGCUAAAAUUAUUGAUUUUGGAUUUAGUUUACAAAUACCAGAUAAUAAAAAACUAAAUAUAUUUUGUGGAACACCUUCUUAUAUGGCUCCUGAAAUUAUUUCUAAAGUUGAAUAUUUUGGAUAAAAGUCUGAUGUUUGGGCAUUAGGAAUUUUACUUUAUGUAAUGUGUUAAGGAAAUUUUCCUUUUAAAGGAAUUACAGAUAGAGAUUUAUAUGCCAAAAUAAAAAAGGUUAACUAUAAUUUUGCUAAUAAGAUAUUUCUUAUUCUUUAAAAAACCUUAUUAUUAGAACUUUAAAUAUAAAUCCAGAUUAAAGACCAAGUACAAAAGAGAUUUUAUAAGAUGAUUGGAUGA